CUGUGGGUGUACUUAGUUGAAGGGAGCUAGUUGUGCACAACUGGCUCUUAUUCAUCUUUGUGCAUUUGCAAUGUGGGUGUAUAAAGAUGCAGGGAGCUAGUCGUGCACGACUGGCUCUUAUUCAUCUUUGUGCAUUUGCAGUGUUUCUUUCAUUAUCAUUUUUUACCUUUCUUUUUUUUUAUCCAGGACGAAUGUCCCUGUGGGUGUACGACUGGCUCUUAUUCAUCUUUGUGCAUUUGCAGUGUUUCUUUCAUUAUCACUUUUUACCUUUCUUUUUUUUUUUUCCAGGACGAAUGUCCCUGUGGGUGUACAUAGUUGAAGGGAGCUAGUCGUGCACGACUGGCUCUUAUUCAUCUUUUGUACAUUUGCAGUGUUUCUUUCAUUAUCACUUUUUACCUUUCUUUUUUUUUUCAUCCCGCUCGAGUGUCCCUGUGGGUGUGCAUAGUUGAAGGGAGCUAGUCGUGCAC